CUUGCCUCUACUUAUAUCAGUGUAUUCGUAACAACUCAACCAUUACAACAUGUAUAUUCGAUAAAAUAAGCCUCACGUAGCAAAUUCGCAAUACAUUUUUCUGUUACCAAAUUUGACUGUUACCAAAUUCAACUCUCUCACUUGCCUCCGUACAAAAAUUCCUCACUUUGUGCGACUAUUUUUGUGGACAGAUUUUGGCCGGAGUGAAACCUCUCGCAUACCUCUUCCUCUCUGGUUUAAAGCUACCUAAUAACCAGACUGCCAUUUUCCGUGUCAAAUGCAAUGGGGUGGUUCCAAGACCAACAGUAAAUACACCAAACCUAGGAGCAAGAUGGAGAGGAAGAGAGAAGGGGGUUGUGGCCAUAGAUCUCCACUGGUCCAUCAGGAGAGACCCGGCUCCCCUGUACCCAGCUGUGUAUCUAUGAAGAGUGAAAAUUCUAUAUAUCUGCCAAUCGACUUCAGUGGUGGAGACUUUACCCAUGAACCAAGAACAAUUGGUGACCAAGAGCAGAGGUCAGAGUUCGAGAUUCCGAGUGAUGAACUUCAUCUGGUGUACCAACACAAAUCUACCCUGAAGAAGAGACAUGAAUGCAUAUUUGAGGGAAUAGCUAAACAAGGCCACUCAACACUUCUCAAUAAGAUCUACACAGAGCUCUACAUCACAGAGGGUGGAAGCGGAGAUGUCAAUAAGGAACAUGAGGUGAGACAGAUUGAAACAGCUUCCAGGAAAUCAGCAGCACAAGGGACAAAAAUCAAAUGUAACGACAUCUUUAAACCCUCACCUGGACGAGACAAACCUAUCAAAACUGUGCUGACAAAGGGAGUUGCUGGCAUUGGAAAAACUGUCUCUGUGCAGAAGUUCAUUCUGGACUGGGCUGAAGGAAAAGCUAAUCAGGAUGUCCAAUUCAUAUUUCCACUUCCUUUUCGGGAGCUGAAUUUGAUGAAAAAUAAAAAAAUCUGUUUGAAUGAACUUAUAGAUCACUAUUUCAUUGAGAUUAGAGAAUCUGGAAUCUCCAACUUUGACAGUUACAAAGUUAUGUUUGUUCUUGAUGGUCUGGAUGAGUUUCGACUUCCUCUAGACUUCAAGAACAACAAGAGCUGCUGUGAUGUCACAGAGUCAACCUCUGUGGAUGUGCUGCUAACAAACCUCAUCAAGGGGAAUCUGCUCCCCUCUGCUCUUGUCUGGAUAACAUCCCGACCAGCAGCAGCCAAUCAGAUUCCUCCAGAGUGUGUUGACCAGGUGACAGAGGUACAAGGAUUCAACGACCCACAGAAGGAGGAGUACUUCAAGAAUAGAAUCAGUGAUGAGAACCUGGCUAGCAGAAUCAUCACACACAUUAAGUCAUCAAGGAGCCUCCACAUCAUGUGCCACAUACCAGUCUUCAGUUGGAUUACGGCCACUGUUCUAGAGAGACUGUUGUGUCAGGCAGAGAGUGGAGAGAUGCCCAGGAAUCAGACUCAAAUGUACACACACUUCCUGGUAUUUCAGACCAAACAAGGGAUUCAGAAGUAUCUUGAAGACCAUGACCGAGAUCCACACUGGGAUAAAACGAUAAUUCUCUCUUUGGGAAAACUGGCCCUCAAACAACUGGAAAAAGGCAAUCUGAUCUUCUAUGAGGAAGACCUAAGGGAGUGUGGCAUUGAUGUCAGAGAAGCAUCAGUGUACUCAGGAGUGUGCACACAGAUCUUCAGAGAGGAGUGUGGGCUGUACCAGGAGAAUGUGUACUGCUUUGUGCAUCUGAGCAUCCAGGAGUUUCUUGCUGCAUUAUAUGUGUUUCUCACAUUCAACCAAAGCAGAGAGAAUCCACUGGUCAAAAAGAGAUCUUCAUUCAGGGACCAGGAAUCAUCAAUCGGACACAAAUCUACGAUCGACUUCUACAACAGUGCAGUAGAUAAAGCUUUACAGAGCGAGAAUGGACACCUGGAUCUGUUCCUCCGCUUUCUUCUGGGCCUUUCACUUGAGUCCAAUCAGACUCUCCUACGAGGCCUACUGUCACAAACAGAGAGCAGCUCACUGACAAAUGUGGAAACAGUCAAAUACAUCAACGAGAAGAUAAGGGAGAAUCCCUCACCAGAGAAAUGCAUCAAUCUGUUCCAUUGUCUGAAUGAGCUGAAUGACCACUAUCUAGUGUGGGAGAUGCAAAGCUACUUGAACUCAGGAAGUCUCUCAGAAGCCAAAUUGUCACUUACAGAGUGGUCAGCUCUGGCCUUUGUGUUGCUGACUUCAGAAGAGGAGCUGGAUGUUCUUGACCUAAAUAGAUUCUCCAGAACAGAGGAAGGUCUUCUAAGGCUGCUGCCAGUGGUCAAAGCCUCCAGAACAGCUCUGUUGAAUAGAUGUAAACUCACAGAGAGAUGCUGUAAAGAGUUGGCAUCGGCUCUCAGCUCAAACUCCUCACAACUGAGACAACUGGACCUGAGUGACAAUGACCUGCAAGAUUCGGGAGUGGGGUUGCUGUAUGCCGGACUCGGCAAUCCACAGUGUAAACUGGAAACACUGAGGUUGAAUAGCUGUAAACUCACAGAGAGAUGUUGUGAACAGUUGGCCUCAGUUCUCAUCUCAAACUCAAACCUGAGAGAACUGGAUCUGAGUGACAAUGACCUGCAGGAUUCAGGAGUGAAGCUGCUGUCUGCCGGACUGGGCAGUCCAACCUGUAAACUACAGACACUGAGGUUGAAUAGAUGUAAACUCACAGAAAGAUGUUGUGAACAGUUGGCCUCAGUUCUCAUCUCAAACUCAAACCUGAGAGAGCUGGAUUUGAGUGACAAUGACCUGCAGGAUUCAGGAGUGGAGCUGCUGUCUGCUGGACUGGGGAGUCUGCAAUGUAAACUGGAGACACUGAGGCUGGACCGAUGUAACAUCACAAAGAAAAACUUGGAAAAAUGUUCCUCAACUCUCAGCUCAAACUCAUCACACCUGAGAGAACUGGACAUGAGUUACAGUCAGCCAGGAGACCCAGGAGAUCUAGGAGACCCAGGAGAUCUAGGAGACCCAGGAGUAGAGCUGCUCACUGCUGCCCUGGAGGAUCCUCAAUAUCAUCUCAAAACAGUCAGUGGCCACGGUGAAGAGUUUUUGCUGUUUCAGAGAUCCUCAGUAGUUGCAUGUGAGCUAACACUGGACCCGAACACAACAUACAGACAUCUCUCUCUGUCUGAGGACAACAGAAAGGUGACAUGGGAGAUAGAAGAGCAGCUGUAUCCUGAUCACCCAGACAGAUUUAUGGACUGGACACAGGUGCUUUGUAGAGAAGGUCUGACUGGGCGCUGCUACUGGGAGGCAGAGUGGAGCGGGGAUGUGGUUGAUAUAGCAGUAACGUAUAAAGAAAUCAGCAGGAAAGGAGUGGGGAAAGACUGUGGGUUUGGAUUUAAUGACAAGUCCUGGAGAAUGUUGUGCUCUGAUCAGAAGUACACUGCCUUGUACAAUAAUAAGUGUACUUUCAUACCGGUCCCCUGCUCCAACAGAGUAGGAGUGUAUCUGGACUGGCCGGCUGGCACUCUGUCCUUCUACAGCAUCUCCUCAGACACAGCAACUCUACUGCACAUGUUCCAAGCCAAAUUCACUAAGCCUCUUUACCCAGGGUUUAGGCUUUGGGUUGGUUCUUCAGUGACCCUGUGCCACGUCGACACCAAAGCCAUCAAAGAAACACAGUCAUAAGUUUGUCGUGAUAAUUGUGACGGCCACACAUUUGAUGUGUUCAGUGAAACAUAAUACCAAUUAGUGGGAAAAAAUAUCAGAAUUUGGCUGCAUAACUAAACGCAGCCAUUGAGCUGCACGUUAAAAAUCAGUUUACUCAUGCAGUUUAAAAUGCACUUUGCAUAACACACCAAGCUUUAAAAGACGCAUGGUUUUAAAAUAUCCCAAAAAUAUUUAUUAAAAUAGAGAACUUGCCCAAGCCUCCCCAUUUCUCCUUCACCCAAAUCCAGAUAGCUGGUGUUCUGAAAGAAUUGCAAAAUUUGGACCCCUAAAAAUCAGCUGGGCUAGACAAUCUGGACCCUCUCUUUUUAAGAUUAUCUUCCGCAAUUGUUGCAACCCCUAUUACUAGCCUGUUCAACCUCACUUUCGUAUCCUCUGAGAACCCCAAAAAUUGGAAAGCUGCCACGGUCAUCCCCCUCUAGACACUAGACCCAAACUGUUACAGAUCUAUAUCCAUCCUGCCCUGUCUUUCUAAGGUCUUCGGAAGCCAAGUUAACAAGCAGAUCACCAACAAUUUCGAAUCCUACCGUACCUUCUCCGCUUUGCAAUCUGGUUUCCGAGCUGGUCAUGGAUCCACCUCAGCCAUGCUCAAGGUCCUAAACGAUAUCGUAACCGCCAUCGAUAAAAGACAAUACUGUGCAGCCUUUUUCAACCACCCCGCCAAGGCCUUCGACUCUGUCAAUCACCACAUUCUUAUCGGCAGACUCGACAGCCUUGGUUUCUCAAAAGAUUGCCUCGCCUGGUUCACCAACUACUUCUCAGACAGAGUUCAGUGUGUCAAAUCGGAGGGCCUGUUGUCCGGACCUCUGGUAGUUUCUAUGGGGGUGCCUCAGGGUUCAAUUCUCGGGCCAACUCUCUUCUCUGUUGUCGUGGUGGAAUCCCUAUUUCGCAACAAAGCAUCCUUCACUCAUGCUGCCAAACAUACCCAGGUGCAGCCGCAAAGCACCAUCAGCGGCCGUCUUAUUCUGUUAAGGUGCUGUGCAGAGAGAUUCUUUAAUGAAUCUAUGAGAUGGACCAUAUGUUGAUAUAUGUACAGUAGACUGAUUUCUAAGGAUGCCAAUUUUUGUACUAGUGAUCUCAUGAUGGUAAUUGUCUGUUAUGGUGGGUUUAUUGAUUCGAUAUUUGAUGCUACUGGUUCUACUAUGUUGUAUUGUGGUACCGUAUGUAUUUAUUAAUGCUGAUUGAUUGAUGCUGCUGUUAGCUAUGCUAUGGUUGUAAGACAACAACCACCCGGGCCACUGUCUGUUCACCCCGCUAUCAUCCAGAAGGCAAGGUCAGUACAGGUGCAUCAAAGUUGGGGCCGAGAGACUGACAAAUAGCUUCUAAGGCCAUCAGACUGUUAAAACAGCCAUCACUAACAUUGAGUGGCUGUUGCCAACAUACUGACUCAAAUCUCUAGCCACUUUUAUAAUAAAAAAUUGGAUGUAUCACUAGUCACUUUAAACAAUGCCACUUUAUAUAAUGUUUGCAUACCCUACAUUACUCAUCUCACAUGUAUAUACUGUACUCUAUACCAUCUACUGCAUCCUGUCUAUGCCGUUCGGCCAUCUCUCAUCCAUAUAUUUAUAUGUACAUAUUCUUAUUCAUUCCUUUACACUUGUGUGUAAGGUAGUUGAUGUGAAAUUGUUAGAAUACUUGUUAGAUAUUACUGCAAGGUUAGAGGAUCUGUUAGACUAUUGUCACACCCUGACCAUAGUUUGCUUUGUAUGUUUCUAUGUUUUGGUUGGUCAGGGUGUGAUCUGAGUGGGCAUUCUAUGUUGUGUGUCUAGUUUGUCUGUUUCUGUGUUUGGCCUGAUAUGGUUCUCAAUCAGAGGCAGGUGUUAGUCAUUGUCUCUGAUUGACAACUAUAUUUAGGUAGCCUGUUUGGUGUUUGGUUUUGUGGGUGAUUGUUCCUGUCUUUGUGUUUGUUGCACCAGAUAGGGCUGUUUCGGUUUUCCACAUUUUCUUGUUUUGUAUUAUGUUCAUGUUUAGUUUUCUUAUUAAAAAACAUGAACUUCAA